UUUUCAAAACGAGUAAUCUCCCUUUCCUAGUUACGCCGAUUUCCGAUGUCAAGGAGGUGAAGCUUUGAUGUAUAGAUAAUAGGGCAGAUGCUCAUUUUUAAUAAAGAAUUUGUCGUGAAUGCACCUGUGUCUUAUAUUGUUAUUUUAAUUGAAACAUGCCCAAGUCAUGUUGUGCAGUUGGUUGUAAAAAUCACAACUUGAUGCUGAAAAGAUUAUCAUUCUUUAGAUUUCCUAGAAAUGCCGACAGACAAAUUAAGUGGUUAGCUGCACUUAAAAGAGACAAACCAGACGGUACACCGUGGGUUCCAACAAAACACUCAGUAAUAUGUAGCGAGCAUUUCAUCACAGGUAAACCAAAUGAAGAUCACGACCACCCUGACUAUGUGCCUUCUGUGUUCUCCUUUGCUGUAACCAAUACAAAGACAGUUCAACAGAAAAAAAUAGAGCGUUAUGAAAACGUAGCUAAAAGGAAAAUCCACUUCACAUCACCAGAUUUAGCAGUGAAAAGGGUGAAAUUUGACCAAAAUCUUCCAACCCCUGAAACAUGUAUUAUGUAUGAAGCAACACCAUGUUCACCUUUAAGACAAAAGAAGGAAAAUAUAGCAACUUCGCCGUUAUCACCUAUGCCGUAUCUUAAUCAUGCUUUCAUGGAAUCACCUGCUAGGGGCACGUCUGCCAUACACAGACCCGUUCCCUCAUCUGAACGGGAAAUGAUUUAUAGUGAAAUGGACAACUUACGAUCAGAACGAGACCGUCUGAUACAGGAAAAUGAUAAACUCUCUUCUCAGAUAACAACGCUUAGACUUUCUUCCUCUAUCACUGAAAACAAUGACGUCAAGUCCAAUUUUUAUACUGGUUUGAAGUGGGAUGUUUUCCUGUCCGUAUUUACAUUUUUGCAGACAUUUAUGACAAGAACGCCUCUAGCAAGUAAAUUGGCAUUGCGUGAUCAAUUCUUUGUGACAUUAGUUAAAUUAAAGUUAGAUAUGCCGUUUGAGUAUAUUGCAGACCAAUGUGGAAUUCCUUCUUCUACUCUUCAUGACAUGUUCUGGAGGUGGAUUGACCUAAUGAGUACAAAGCUUGACUUUCUGAUACACUGGCCUGAUCGUGAAACAAUGAAACGUACAUUACCAAGUGUUUUCAAGGUCAAAUACCCUCGACUAACAUGUAUAAUAGACUGUUUUGAAAUAUUUAUAGAUAGACCAAAAAAAUUAAACGCCAGAGCAAAAUGCUACUCCAACUAUAAAAAGCACAGUACUGUUAAAGUUUUAAUUGGCUGUAGCCCUUUAGGUUCAAUAACAUUUUUAUCUGAAGUAUGGGGCGGUAGAGUGUCAGACACCGAAAUUGUGAGGUCAUCUGGGUUUAUAAGUUCAAUAUAUCAUCACCCAGGUGAUCAAAUUCUUGCAGACAGAGGCUUUACUCUUCAAGACGACUUUGCCAGUGUAUGCUCUGCAGAACUUAUAAUUCCGGCUUUUACAAAGGGAAAAUCACAGUUAUCUGCAGAGGAAGUUGAAACAUCGCGUAAAAUGAGCAGCAUCAGAAUUCAUAUUGAGAGAGUGAUCGGUUUGAUGAAAAACCGGUACAAAAUUCUACAAGGGACUAUACCAAUCAAUAUGCUUAAAUCAACCACCGAUGAGGCAUCCACCAAGAAGCAAGCUCGAAUAGACAAACUCGUCCGCAUUUGCGGAUCAUUAACCAACAUGGGGGAAGGAAUUGUCUACAAUGAAGAAAGUGAUUAACAAUACCUCUAAUUUAGAACAUCCUUUUUAGAGUGGCUGAAUGAUAAAUGUUUAUUAUUUUCAAAUAUUGACUGUAUAUACAUAGUAAAUAAAAAAUAUAUGUAGUUCUAGGUUACAUAUAUGCAUGCACUUAUGAUCAAUAUCUGACUGUUGUUGAGUUCAACAUUUACAGCUCAUUUCCUACAGCAUGUAGAGCAAGGCUUAAGUUAACUUGCUUGCUUUGUUUUCAUAUUGUACAAUCAUUAGGAUAACACCCAAUUAAAUUCAA